CUCGCUGGCCAGGUCCUCAGCCGGUCUUUCAUCCCGAGGACCACCGUCGCAGCGAGACAAGUGGGGACGACGAGCAAGCGUGAUGGAGAGCCCUCGGCUGACGCUCAGGAAGAGAUGGUGUCCUACAGACCCACAACCUGCCAGGCUCCAACCAUGAUGGACAUUGGCACCAGAUCCAUCUUUAAUGAAGACCAUGACAUAUUCAGAACUUCAGUUCGAAAAUUCUUCAAUGAGGAAGUUUUGCCUUACCAUGCUCAGUGGGAAAAGGAUGGCCAGAUCUCUCGUGAGUGUUGGCUGAAGGCUGGUGAACAGGGUCUUCUCGGGACUGACACUCCUGAUCAGUUUGGUGGCAUUGGAGGUGACUUCAAGGAUGCAGCAAUCAUCAUGGAGGAACAAUCGUAUGUUAACUGCUCCGGCCCAGGUUUUGCUCUUCAUUCCCAGAUUGUGAUGCCAUACAUUACACACUAUGGUACCCAAGAGCAGAUCGACAAAUACAUCCCUGACAUGGUGGCUGGGAAGAAGAUCGGAGCCAUUGCCAUGACUGAACCGGGUGCUGGAAGUGACUUGCAGGGAGUUCGUACAAAUGCCCGUAAGGAUGGUGAUGACUGGAUUCUGAAUGGCUCCAAGACUUUCAUCACAAAUGGCUACAUGAGUGAUGUGGUUCUUGUUGUAGCAGUGACCAACCCAAAUGCCAAGGCUGCGGCUCACGGUAUUUCACUGUUUUUGGUGGAUGAAGGGAUGGAAGGCUUCAGAAAGGGACGUAAACUCGAGAAGAUGGGCAUGAAGGCCCAGGAUACAGCUGAACUGUUCUUUGAUGAUGUACGUCUCCCAGCUUCUGCCCUCUUGGGAAAAGAGAACCAUGGCUUCUAUUACUUGAUGAACGAGCUUCCUCAGGAACGUCUUCUCAUUGGUAUUAUGUCUUGUGCCAAUGCUGAGUGGCAGGUUGAAGAGACCCGUGCCUACCUGCGCUCAAGAAAGGCCUUCGGAAAGACCCUUUCAAACCUCCAGACCAUUCAGCAUAAAUUGGCUGAGUUGAAGACUGACGUCUGUGUUGCCCGUGCUUUUACCGAUCAGUGUAUUGACCUUCAUAAUAUGGGCAAGCUUGAUGGCAGCAUGGCUUCCAUGAACAAAUAUUGGAUGUCCGAUCUGCAGAACCGCGUCGGCUACCAGUGCGUGCAGCUCCACGGCGGCUGGGGCUACAUGUGGGAGUACCCGAUCGCCAAGUCCUACGUCGACGCCAAGGUGCAGACCAUCUACGGCGGCUCCAACGAGAUCAUGAAGGAGCUCAUCGCCCGCCAGAUCGUGGCCGACAAGAGGGUCUAGAGGAGGAGGAGGAAGACGUGCGAAAGCGGCCGAUGGCGACGGCGACGGCGGCGGCGGUGGCGACGACAGUGGUUUUCAGCGCCGAACGAGGCUGCGAGGAGAUAUUCGCCCGGGGGGGGGGGGGUACGAUGAUUGAAUGGGUCCUAAUUGGGUUCUUCGACUGAAAGAAGUAGAAAUCCGAACUUUCUUCCAUUUUCUUUCUCUUGUUCCUUCUUUUUUCUUGGGGUAAGGUCCUGCUCACCCCGGCGAAUCUUGCUGUAUUUCCCAAGGUCUAGGAAAGAAAUGACAAAACGAAAAAACAAGGUGCUAUGUUGCCAGCUAUCAACUCCUAUCCUUCUACACCUUCGUUGCACUGAAACCUCGAACCUGUACGAUUUCUUCUUCGUUUUUAUUUCGAGCACACGAGCCACUGUGGUUUUUGCCUUCUGAACGACCAUGAGGCGGAGUUACAAGAAGUGAAAUCCGGCCUGUUUGACUAAAAAAGGUUUUUUUUUAGCGAUUUUAGAGAUACUUUUUUUGCGUGACACCCUAGUAUCUGCGCCAAAGUUUCAGGAGCUUUUUUUUUUUAGCUGAAGUAUCUGAAGCUUCUAAGGUGCAGUGUCUUUAGGUUCAGUCAUCUGUACAUAUCUAUAUAUUUUUUCAGAACAACACAAUGCAAUUAGUAUAUAACACGUACAUAUGAAUGGUUCUUAGUUGUUAGUCAGUCCCAGUGGAUACCUCUUCCCAGAUUUGAUUCUUUAUUCCCUUCAUACACUUUUGAGUUUUCCUUUCCUCUUUCCGUCAAAAAAGAAGAAAGUGGAAUACCUCCAGAAGUUUAUUAAUUUCAACUCCAGAUUGGUAUUUACAUGAAUAUCCAGCAAAACAUAUAUAGUUACAUGAUUUUUUUUUUUCCACUGCUUUCACUAUUUAGAGAAUGCGCGUGCACUGUUUUUGGAAGUUCAGUAGCGGUUUUUUUUUUUGUUUUCUUGAGAUCAGAAUUGUUUUUAAGUGUAUUACAUUAAAAAGCUAGAUUAAGUGAAUUUGGAAGACAUACCAACAAUGCAUUAUUAGUUGAAGGGAAAUUAGAAAUUUGCUGUAAUCAGGUACUGUAAUUUCAGUAAAUAAGUCUUCAUAAUUG